CUUUCAAAGAUUCUACAGAUCAGUUGUCAACAUCCAGCUUUACUAACUAGCUACUGGAGCUAACGAGAAGACUCUUACCAAAAGACAACAACAUUACCAGCGCCCAUGCAGUGCUGACUCGUAAGUCGAGGUGACUCUUUUAUGGACGCUAUUCAUGUUGCAACGAACAGCGACAAAGAUAUUAUUUGUGUUUUUAUCUGUGUUGUACUGCAAGACCAGUCUAUGCUAACCAGCAAACCCCGCCCCAGUAAAGACUGCCAAACUGUUAUCUAGCUAACUAACAUCAACUGGCUUGGUGUGUGGAGACCAAGACUUCACAGGUGUGUGGAACAAGAGAAGAAGAAGAAGAAGAGAGAGAGAGGGGGAAGGUAGGCCCAGAGAGACACAGCCAUGAUUAGCCCGACCCAAUGGGACCUGCCCCCAGAGCUGUGCUGCCGGCCCAUGGCCUUUGUGGCGUUGACGGGGCUGGACGUGGUGUACAACGCCGUGCACCGUGCCAUCUGGGACGCCUUCUGUGCCAACCGCCGCGCAGACCGGGUGCCCAUCUCCUUCAAGGUUCUGCCCGGCGACCACGAGUACCCCAAGUGUCGCACCAAGCGGACUUCGUAUGAGUGGUACAUCCCCAAAGGCGUCCUAAAGACGGGCUGGAUGAACAAGCACCUGAACCUGGUGCCAGCUCUGGUGGUGCUGUUCUUCGAGCUGGACUGGGACGAACCCCAGUGGAAGGAGAGGCAGUCGGAGUGUGCCACCAGGGUGGAGAUCGUCAGAACCAGCCUACAGGGCAGGAACACCAAGGUAGCGGUGGUUCUGAUCCAGAAGAAAACUCCUCUCCCCCCAGGAGAGGACCUGGUUGCCUCAGAGAGGGCUGCGUCUCUGUGUAACGCCUGCGACCUGUCUGGGAAGUCUCUGUUCGUCCUGCCACACACUGACCACCUGGUGGGGUACAUCAUCAGACUGGAGAAUGCCUUCUACGAGCACGCCCAGACCUACUACUAUACAGAGAUCCGGAGGGUCAAGUCUCACAAGGAGUUCCUCAACAAGACCACACAUCAGCUGCUAUUCGUGAGGCAUCAGUUCAAGAUAGCGUUCUUCAGUGAGCUCAAACAGGACACUCAGAACGCUCUCAAGUAUUACAGGACAGCCUACAGCCUGGUCCAUGAACUCAGAGCUCACGAAACCAACAUGCUGGAGAUUAAGACCAUGGCUGGAUUCAUCAACUACAAGAUCUGCCGUCUGUGUUUCCAACACAACACCCCGCUGGACGCCAUCGCUCAGUUCAGGAAGCACAUCGACCUGAGCAAGAAGAAGAUCGGGAGCGCUGAGCUGGCCUUCGAACACACCGCCUGGAUGUCCAAACAGUUCCAGUCGUUCGGGGACCUGUUUGAUGAGGCCAUCAAGCUGGGCCUGACAGCCAUCCAGACCCAGAACCCCGGCUUCUACUACCAGCAGGCUGCCUGCUACGCCCAGGAGAGGAAGAGCCAGGCUGGCCAGCUCUGCUCCCACCCGGCCGGCGUGAGCUUCCCGACCUCUGACCCCCAGGACACCCCCUCUGGAGCUCUGGACUUCUACGGCCAGCGAGCCUGGAGACAGGGGCACCAGAGCAUUGACCCUCCCGACGGGGAGAAAGAGAAGGGAGGUAUCCUGGCUCUACAGCUCAAAGAGAGGGAGGUUCUCCACUCUGAGCUGAUCAUUGCCUUGCUCAGCAACGCCGUGGCCCAGUUUAAGAAGUAUAAGUGUCCUCGCAUGAAGAGCCACCUCAUGGUCCAGAUGGGAGAGGAAUACUACAAUGCCAAGGACUACACCAAAGCCUUAAAGCUGCUGGACUACGUGAUGUGUGACUACCGUACAGAGCGCUGGUGGGCUCUGCUCACCUCCAUCCUGAGCACGGCGCUGUGCUGCUCCUACCUGAUGGCUCAUGUCAAGGACUACAUCACCUACAGCAUGGAGCUGCUGGGCAGAGCUUCAACUCUUAAGGAAGAACAGAAGUCCAGGAUUGAGAAAAACCUCAUCCGUGUGCUCAUGAACGAGGUUCCGGAGGCGGAGCCGGACUGCGAGGAGGCGGGGACUAAGGCUGCCCAGGCUCUGUGGAGUGACCGUGUGGCUCUGGCAGGCAGCAACCACUACACCAUCGAGGUCCAGGACUACGUGCCCUUCGUCCAGUGCAAGGCCAGGUUCCUGUCCCCCAGUUUCCACCUGGACGACCCGGUCCAGGUGCAGGUGUUUCUCCGCACCGACUGCCCUCACCCCGUUCGCUUCGCCAAGCUCUGCGUCAGCCUCAGCAACCAGGAGUACAGCCAGUUCUGUGUGGUGCAGGAGAGCAGCGAGCCCUCCAGUCAGGAGAACCUGUGUCUGCUGCCGGGGAAGAUUCGCAGCUACUGCUUCAGCUUCGGAGCCAACACUGAGGACGUGGGCAAAAAGGUCGAGAUCACAGCGGUGGACCUGAUGCUGGGCAGCGAGAGCGGCCGCUGUGUGUUCCUGAACUGGCGAGGCGGGGGAGGGGACGCCGCCUCUACCCAGGAGGCUUUGCAGGCGUCGCGAUCCUUCAAAAGAAGGGCGCGUGUCCCUGACCAGCAGACAGACUGGGACUCUGUCACCAUCCAGGCCAGCACCAUGAUCAUCUCUAGGGUUCCCAGGAUCUCCAUCCAGCUGAGCCACCAGCCUCCCGCCCUCAACAACGAGAUGUACCUCAUCACUGUCUCCAUCCAAUCACACGAGGACACCGUGGCGAGGGACGUCAAGCUAACCGCCGGACUCAAACCAGGUCAAGACGCUAACCUGACUCAGUCCACCCAUGUGACCCUGACUGGCUCUGAGGGGUGCGAGGACCUUCCUGCGUUGCUUCCGGACAUCCACAUAGGAGACCUGCAGCCGGGACAGACGGUGGAGAAGAGAGUGUUUGUGCGCUGUGUGUCGACGGGCCCCAGAGUGUUCCUGUUCCACGUGGCCUACUGCAUCAGCACCAGCCUGGAGGGACACAGCAUCACCUGCCGCUGCCACAAGGAUGAAACGGUCACCAUAGAAACCAUCGUUCCCUUUGAAGUGGCAGUGAAGUUUGUGUCCACCAAGUUUGAGCCUCUGGACCGUGUGUAUGUGGACGUCCCCUUCCUGCUGAUGACUGACAUCCUGUCAGCCUCCCCCUGGCCCCUCCUCCUGGAGACCAGCCAGCUGCAGCUGGCCCCCACCCUGACCCCCCUGGACCAGCCACAGUCCCAGGUGGAACAAGUGGUGCUGCAGACAGGGGAGUGCGCCAGCGAGUGUUUCUGCCUGCAGUGCCCCCCGGUGGACAACGGCACCAGCAGCGUGGCCUCGGGACAAUACCUCAUCUCCUGGAAGAGGAGCUCAUCUACAGAGGCGUCCGUGGUCCAGACCUCCGUCCCCCUGCCCCACGUGCUGGUGGAGACCAUCCCUCUCUACGUCCAUGCAGACCUGCCAUCGUUUGGCCGCGUGCGGGAGUCCCUGCCAGUGCAGUACCACAUUGAGAACCGAACGGGGCUGGUGCAGGACGUGGAAAUAACCGUGGAACCCAGCGACGCCUUCAUGUUCUCUGGACUCAAGCAGGUCCGUGUGCGUAUCCUACCAGGGGCACGGCAGGAGAUGCUGUAUAACUUCUACCCCCUGAUGGCGGGCUACCAGACACUCCCCCUGCUCAACAUCAGCCUGCUGCGCUUCCCCAGUCCGGCCAAUCAACUGCUGCGACGCUUCCUGCCCUCACGCAUCUUCGUCAAGCCUCAAGGCAGACCGGUAGACAACACCUCUAUUGCUGCAGCCUAAGAACUACAAUUCCCAUUCACGUGCUGUUUGAAGCAAAUUGGUGUUGCGGGUUAUCAAACUUGAAUAUUUAAAGAUAUUCUUAGCUUGCUGUCAGUAAAGAAACUCUGUUGGUGAACUUUGACUAUGAAAAAUAAAGUUUCAAAAUGAGAGAAGCAACAAUAGUCAGUGCUAAAAAUAAAACACUCAAGGUUAUGUGUAUCUUUACUUUUGUUAACAUUGUGCAAUCCAUUGCUAAAUCCACUUUGAUUUUAGUACAGUACUUUAAGUAUGAAGUAGCUUCAAAUCCCAUUACUGCAGGCUGCUUGAGAAUGACAACUUACCAGCUCCGCCAGCCUGUAGUUCUGGUUUGCACCACUUUAUGGAAGACUUCAUAAUAGAAAUAGUCUGUCUGGUUGUGUGACUGACGUAUGUCUCUGCUGAUAACCUCUUAAAUCAAGUCAUGACAAAAGUGUGGCUCUACAAGUUGGCCUCCACAUUGUUGUAAAGAAAAUCCCUCACUAAAGCAGUUCUCAUCAGUAUCACAUGUAGGGAUGCUUAGGUGUGUGUGUAUGUGUAUGCAUCUGUUGCAUAUGUGACUAAGUAAUUCUGAGGAAGGGUUUAGGCUGUCCAGCAUUAAAGGAUUGUAAACUUCUAACUAUUGAAUAAACUAUUUG